UGACCAGGGAUUGAACCUGAGCCCCCUGCAUUGGGAUCGUGGAGUCUUAACCGCUGGACCCCCAGGGAAGUCCCUGUCUGGGCAUUUCUUCCCACUGCACCAUCCACUCAGUCCAUGGGGUGGGAAGGAUGGAGUGUUGCUUCCCACCACCAGAGCUGUGUUGGGAGGUCUGUGUCAAGCUCCCAGCAGUUAGCAUCCUCUAGGGUGGGAAUGCUGGGGAGCACUCAGAGUUUGGUGCCCUCAUGACCGCCCCCUCCAGGCAGCCAGCUCUGACUGCACGAGGCCAGACGUGGGACCCCUUCCAGCCAGCUAUGCCCCCGCUGCCCGGCACUGUGGGCCUGGCAGGCCUGCUCUUCUGGGCAGGCCAGACAAUGAACGCCUUGAUGCCCAACGCCACCCUGGCACUGGCCCAGACCAAGGGCACAGCUGUGAGGCCCCUGAGUGGCCUGGGGGUGCCUCGGUACCGGCGGAAGCGCCACAUCUCUGCCCGGGACAUGAGUGCCUUAUUGGAUUUUCACAACCACAUCCGGGCCAGCGUGCACCCACCUGCUGCCAACAUGGAGUAUAUGGUCUGGGACGAGCGGCUGGCCAGGUCGGCUGAGGUCUGGGCCUCCCAGUGCAUUUGGGCCCACGGGCCCUCACAGCUGAUGAGAUACGUGGGCCAGAACCUGUCUGUGCAUUCCGGCCGGUACCGCUCGGUGGUGGAUCUUGUGAAGUCUUGGUCAGAGGAGAAGCGGCAUUACUUGUUUCCUGCCCCAAAGGACUGUACCCCGCACUGCCCCUGGCGCUGCAGUGGCCCUGUCUGCUCCCACUAUACCCAGAUGGUGUGGGCAUCUUCCAACCGGCUGGGCUGUGCCAUCCACACCUGUGGCAGCAUCCGAGUCAGGGGCAGCACCUGGCGCCAGGCUGUGUACCUGGUCUGCAACUACGCCAUUAAGGGUAACUGGAUCGGAGAGGCACCAUACAAGACGGGGAGGCCGUGUUCUGCCUGCCCCCCCAUCUACCAAGGCAGCUGCAGUAGCAACAUGUGCUUCUCGAGACGCAAGUCCAACAAGCUCCUGUGGUUCUGAAUUUUCCAUGGGCUCUGGCAGGCCUCCGGCUGGGCCUGAUGCUCCAAGAGUCCCUUCCCCAAGACAGGGUCAAGGAAUACUUUUUUAAGGAUGUGAGUUGGGCUCACUUCACCUACCUGAAUCUUCCCUCCUGUUUCCAUUUCCUAAACGUCCAGCAUGUACCCGGAGAAAACAGCCUCCUUGCUUUCCUUCUUACCUGUUACAUCUUUUUUUCCUCCGGCCUCUGGGAAAAGAGGCCUGCAUCCUCAAUUGACUCAGUUCUCAGACAGCCAGGGCCGGAAGAAGCAGUGGCAGCAGCUUUUGGACUCGCAGGCCUCUAACCCGCAAGUCUUUGUGUAUCCAAUAAACUACCUUCAUUCAUUCAGUAAUAGCCAAUCAGCUCCUGGGCCGUCUUUGCGGACCAGUGGUCUCCCUCUCUGAUUUGGGACCAUUUCAGUUGCAAGCUUUUACAAAAUAACUGUAGUUAGCUUGUGGACACCCCACCCUCAGUGUACGUUACUGAAGCCAUGCAGGGUCCAGGCAUCUUUUUCACAGGUGGGCACACUGAGGCUUGGCAAAAGGGCAUGACUUACUGAGAGCUGCAUGGCUUGUCUGGGAGGGCACCCAGGUUGAAGCCCAGGCUCUGACAGCUCCUUCAGGCUGUUCUAGACACCUCUCUGAAUGCUCAGAACUGACAGCCUAAAAGCAAAGCUCGCCUGAGGGAAUUCUGUCUUUUAAGGCUUUUUUUUUUUUUUCCUUCCUUUGGCUCUCUCUGUCUCUCUUUCCUUUCUUUAUUUCUCCCAGGGAAUCUCAUUCUCGUUCCCUGAAACCUUUUCCCCUCUCCCCACCCCACCCAGUUAUCAAAGCACACAAAAGACCUUUUGUCUUUAGAGAUAGUAAAAUCUCUCCCUCAGACCUUGCCCUCCAGCUGGGGCCCACUCCCUGCCUGGCUGGAGAGAGCUUCAUUCAAAAGACCCAGAUGAAAAACAAGCCCCUUUUCUCGGAGUCCCUACAUGAUCCUGGAUGGAAUGAGUAUUCUUCCCUCUUGGACAUUCCCAUCUACUCUACAACCUGUACCUGUGUCUCCAAUAUUGCCUUCCUCUGCCCUCAAUAAAAUUCUUUGAGAUCUUGUGCACUGGCUCUUUCUGGUCCCCGUCUCGGUCCUCAGGAGGGUCAAAGAGGAGAGAAGGAACCGGAGCAGAGGAGAUGGGCUGAGGGGAAACCAGCUCAGGAAGAAGGCCGAAAGGGCUUCGUUGAUGGUCCAGCGGCUAAGACUCCGAGCUCCCAAGGCAGGGAAUCCUGGUUCGAUCCCUGGUCAGGGAACUAGAUCCUGCAUGCUGCAGUGAAGAGCCUGCAUACUGCAACCAACACCUGGCACAGCCAAAUAAAUAAAGAAGACCAGGUGCUAACAGUCCCUCGGCUCCUGCUUCGCACCAAGUACAUCAGCUGGAUCACAGGCGCAGGUGUCUGACUUCUCACUCCACUUUACAACUAAGGAAAAUGAGACUUAUCAGAAGUGCCCAUUUCCAAAUGCUGGAGAUGCAUGAAAUAAGAAAAACAAGGACACGGUUCUGAGUUCAUUAUUCUCAGAUUAUAUUCUUCCUAAUUUUUUUGGAAGGGGGUAUAUUAAAAUGUCCUUUCAUGUAUCACACAAUGGUAAUAAUGAAUGUUAGAUUUCCUUAAAAAUUAUUAAUAUCCUUAUGUGGCAGGUGAUGGAGAAGGCAAUGGCACCCCACUCCAGUACUCUUGCCUGGAAAAUCCCAUGGACGGAGGAGCCUGUUAGGCUGC